AAAAGGGAACCACCUUCGCUGGCGAAGAGACAUCCCUGUGGAGAACCUUGAUAUUUUCACCUACGUCAACUCUAAAGUCGUGUACGUAGAAAAACAUAUACGACAUCAGAUGACAUCGUUGUAUCGUGACGUUAUUCAACAACGUUGCGAGUUGGAAAAGGAAGUGUUAAAAAAACACACUGUCCUUCGCUACUCUUCAGCCAGACGAAUUCGCUUAUCGGCUCAUGAAAGGACCAGGUUACAUGGCCGUCACUGCAGGGGAAGCCGUUCAUGUCAUCAAGUGUAUACCAGUGGACGUCAUCGUACGCCGCACUAAGGAAUGUUAUAUUGAGCUACCGGUUACAGUACGCAACACUUCCCUCUUUAUCACACCAAAAUCACACGUGUUGACCAAGAUGGGAACCAUACGAGAGUGUAGCUACGAAUUGCCAACCCUUUAUCGAAUUGAGGAUACAUGGAUUGAACUUAUUCCGGAGCCACGUGUUCGCAGAACAUCGUUGCAGCAGUUACAACCUAUGACAAGUAUGUCAUGGAAUUAUUUAACGCCGGGACCACUAGCUUCCAGCGGAAUAUAUUCCCAGGCGGAUCUUGAUAAAAUCAGGGAUCAUAUAAUGUUCCCUGCUGAAAAGCCAGCGUUACUUAACAGCAUGGCUCGUGGAAUCACCGGACACGUCAUGCCUGACGAUACCAUGUCCAUUUACAACUUAUUGGAUGAAGCAUCAUUAAACAAAAUUGCUGAGUCAACUGCUAAACGGAUCUGGGGCGGAUUCAUCACAUUUGGAUCAGCCACAGCUGGAGUUUUUGGAGUAUUAUUAGUAGUACGACUAAUCAAGCUAGCCAUCGACACGAUGAUACAUGGUUAUGCUCUACAUUCAGCCUACGGAUGCAGUCUGUACGUGCUAGGAGCUAUCUGGAGCUCCUUGACUCAUCUGCUACUCUAUUUGGCCAGAGGUACAGCCAAACGCAGCCACACAGAUGGACGAGCAGAUCCCGAAGAACAACGAUCAUCGGAACCUGUGGAACCAGUAUUAUCGCAGUCUUUGUCACAGAACAACCCUAGCAAUCAGCCAACUUCGUCGCAGGUGACUGACAGUGAAACCAUUGUAUACACAGACUUACAAAAACGUUUGCGUGAAUAUUAGAACCAUUUCCUCGAUUGCAUCGGAAAUGUUCUUAAAUAAGGGGGGGGAUGUGACGUCCUGGCGUCCACCUCACACCCAUUUUUAAUUUUUUUUAUUUGCAAUAUUAAUUAUUA